GAAAACGUAUUCCUUUGGCUCACCUCGCUUUGCUUGGCUUCGCUGGAACUGUUUAUAAUUUCAUUUUGACUCUCUCUCUCUCUCUGAUUGCUUCCUUUUCCCUUUUAUUUUGCUCUCUUCUCUGCACAACAAUUCCUUCUCAUUCCAGAUAUUCCAACCAUCGACCGAUCUCAAUUCUCAACCUUAACCUCUCAGAAUGUCUUACGCUUAUCUCUUCAAAUACAUCAUCAUCGGUGACACCGGAGUUGGGAAGUCUUGUCUUCUACUUCAAUUCACAGACAAGCGCUUUCAGCCCGUCCAUGACUUGACCAUCGGUGUUGAAUUUGGUGCCAGGAUGAUCACAAUUGAUAACAAGCCAAUCAAGUUGCAAAUAUGGGAUACGGCUGGUCAAGAAUCAUUCAGAUCUAUUACAAGGUCUUAUUAUAGAGGGGCUGCAGGUGCACUGCUUGUUUAUGAUAUAACCAGGAGGGAGACAUUUAAUCACUUGGCUAGCUGGUUGGAAGAUGCAAGACAGCAUGCAAAUGCAAAUAUGACUAUUAUGCUGAUUGGCAACAAGUGUGAUCUUGCUCAUAGAAGGGCCGUAAGCACGGAGGAAGGCGAGCAAUUUGCAAAGGAGCAUGGGUUGAUCUUUAUGGAGGCCUCUGCAAAAACUGCUCAGAAUGUUGAAGAGGCAUUCAUAAAAACAGCUGCAACCAUAUACAAAAAGAUUCAAGAUGGAGUUUUUGAUGUAUCAAAUGAGUCUUAUGGAAUAAAAGUAGGAUAUGGUGGAAUUCCUGGACCUUCUGGAGGUAGGGAUGGCCCUUCUGCUUCGGCUGGAGGCUGCUGCAGUUGAAGAACCUAUCCAAACCUAUCUGCGUCAAUGUAGUCCUUUAUGUCUUCUCUUCUUUUAUUUUGGGUUUGGAUAUGAAGAUAUAUAUGUUCUACUUCCAUUCAUAAAAUCAGAUAAUUGUAUAAUGUUUUCUUUUUAAUCUUGACUUUGUUUUGUUGACCUGAACUGAUUAUUUGUCUAUAUUUGUGUGCAUAGUUAAAUUGAUUGGUUGCUUCAUUCUUCUUA